AUGGCUACUUACAGAUAUAUAUGGGUCCCCUCCCAUGGCACCUCCGAACGGCAUCCCAGAUACACACGAGUUCGCGUUGUUGAUAACGACAUACGCCGAGGAUCCGGGCGCAAUGACUACUACGGACGCCGCAUACACGAUGCUGAUGUGAACGAAGUAUACCUAUCGAGGCGGAGCGACGAGCGCGACAUAGAUGAUGCAGACGUGUACAGACCGCGCGGAUCAAGGCGCUACGACGAACGCGACAUAGAUGAUGCGGACGUGUACAGACCGCGCGGAUCAAGGCGCUACGACGAGCGCGACACAGAUGAUGCCGACGUGAACAGGUAUCGCGGAUCAAGGCGCAGCGACUAUGUGCGCGACAUAUAUGAUGCCGAAGUGGACGAACGACGUGUGUCGAGGCGCAGCGACGAGCGCGACAUAUACGAUGAUGAAAGAGAUGCUUUGCAGCGGUCGAACAGAUAUCGACACCACUAUGAUAACGACUUCUACGAGGAUCGCCAUUACGAAGGCAGGAAAAACGCCAGAAGGGAGGACAAUGUGUAUCCUGCCGUAUCCGUCUACAGCGAUAAAGCCACCACAGUGACGGUGGAGAAGAAGCGGACAGCCAACGGCAAAUCAACAAGAAUUGUAAUCUAUCCAACUCGUUAA